AACUACGAAGAGAAACUCACACUAAUAUUAACUGUGAUCUUGACUAAUGUAGUUGUGAUCAUCUGUGGUAUUGAUGGUCAUUGUGGUGGUUUGAAUCUUGGUGUGAGAAUUUUCGUUUUAUCCGCGACUGGAGUUUAUCACUACGCUUUGUUUUCAGAAAUGGAGCCAAUGUCACUAGGUUCACCUGUUGCCAGUCAAGUUAGCCCUUCCAGUCCAGGAUUUACAUCACCUUAUCUUCCAGAGUUUCUUAUGGGUGAAUCUACUCCAGGAUCUACUACUGCUCCAAACACAGCUGGAAGCCCAAGAAAAGCUUCGAAACAUGUGUCCUUUGGUUCAUUACCUACAAUGAGAAGUUCUACCCCAGAUCCAAUGGAAUCUCGUAAGUCUAGUAUGAACAGGGGAGCUCAGCUGUUAUUGAAUACGCCACAUACUUCAGUAGAGAAGAGUGGUCCACCAACCAGAGGUUUGUUUGACACCUUGACAUCACCAACUGAGUUUCAUACUCCAACAAGUAAUCCUGAUUCAUCCUUCCACCAAAUAAGCAGCUUGUCAGAGAUGUCACAUCAUGAUACCACAUGGACGGAAAUAGAGGAAGCACAAAAUACUUGGGUUACUGUAUUUGGUUUCCCUCCUUCUGCGGCGUCGUAUAUUCUGUCUCAGUUUUCGCACUAUGGCAAGAUAUUGGAGAAAAGAAUGCCAGCUAAAGGAAACUGGAUGCACAUACGCUACCAAACCAAGCUUGAAAGUCGGAAAGCUCUCAGUAACAGUGGAAAAGUGUUUGGUGGAACAAUCAUGAUAGGCGUAAUGUUAUGUAAAGAUCAGGAGAUUUUAAAUGACAUCCGAAACAAAGAAAAUGCUCCAUAUCAGAGAAUGUCAUUUGUGGAGUCCACCAGUAGCACUUCUGGUACACGAGGCAUGCCAAACCAGUCAAUAUCUUCACCUGCUUCUUUCACUGGAACACCUAAUCGAUUAGGUACACCCAAUUUAUCAUAUUCUGGUACUCCAGACAGCAAACUUGCCAACAUCCGACCAUUAGGGCAAGCGUACAGAAUGGCUCAGGCAGACAGUGAGGUAAUGUAUGAACAGUCCUAUUGCUUUUUCAAACAGGAGAUUUUAAAUGACAUCCGAAACAAAGAAAAUGCUCCAUAUCAGAGAAUGUCAUUUGUGGAGUCCACCAGUAGCACUUCUGGUACACGAGGCAUGCCAAACCAGUCAAUAUCUUCACCUGCUUCUUUCACUGGAACACCUAAUCGAUUAGGUACACCCAAUUUAUCAUAUUCUGGUACUCCAGACAGCAAACUUGCCAACAUCCGACCAUUAGGGCAAGCGUACAGAAUGGCUCAGGCAGACAGUGAGGUGCUUGCACAAACUAAUAUACCACGAAGGAGUACGAGCAUGGUUUCUAAAGCAAUGGAGUACGUGUUUGGUUGGUGAUAUUUUAUAUCACCACGAAGCAUUUAUAUAAUGGACUGUAUGCCUACUAAGGAAGUGUACUACUACUGCUUUGUGCUGUACAUCAUAUCUAAAUUCCUGUUGAUAUUUGGCAUUUUAGUUAUAUGACAUAAAAACAGAUUGACACACUUUAUGAGUUGGAUAAUGUUUGCUAUAUUUGUGUAUACAGUGCACGAAAGAAAAAAAGCAAUCCUGUUUUUGAAAAAA